UCGAUUGUUGCACUUGUAAACAGAAAUUCGAUUCGUUCUGGCCAAUAAAAGCGAUGAAUUUGAAUUUCGAGAGUCGGCGUCAGUCGUGAAUGAUGCAUUGGUUGUGUUGCUUGUUUUGUUCUUUAUUUUUUCGGAUUGUGACAAAUUUCGAAGUAAAUGACGAGUUAAAGUGCGGAAAUGCGGAUGCUGAUCGGAUUGUGGGAGGAACAAGAGCGAAAUUGGGACAAUAUCCGUGGUUGGCGAGACUUGGAUAUAACAGAACGGAAAAUGUGACGUUUGAAUGCGGAGGAACGUUGAUUUCGAAGAGACAUGUUUUGACGGCGAGUCAUUGCGUGUUGGAUAUUGAACCGGCAGUUGUGGUUCAAGUCGUAUUAGGAGAGCACAAUGUGACAUCAGAAAUCGAUUGUGAAUUAGAAAAAUGUGCAGAUCCAGUGCAAAUCUAUCGCCCAAUCGAGAUAGUUGUUCCCACGGAAUACCACAAAUCGCAUUACAAGCAUGACAUAGCGUUAAUAAAACUAGAUAGAGACGUCAAUUACACAAGAUGGGUGAGUCCAAUUUGCCUCCCGCUACCCAAAGACACGAAUUCCACGGGAAUCAUUGACACUUUUGGCGAAGUUGCUGGUUGGGGACUGACUGAUUCGCAUGCCGACACGCUCGCCGAGGUCCUUCAAACGGUCAAACUGAAAAUUCUUCCGCUCACGGAGUGCAAAAAGUCCUUCGAUCAACUCGACUUGGGCAUCGGGCAAAUGUGCGCCGGCGGAAUUCCCGGCAAAGAUUCGUGUUCGGGCGAUUCGGGAGGUCCCAUGCAAAAAGGACUCGCGUUUCGGGAUAAGGGACCGCGAUAUUUUGUCAUUGGCGUCGUUUCGCUCGGCAUGAAGAUGUGCGGAGGGGAUUUUGCGACAUCGGCUUUGUAUACGAACGUUACGCACUACAUUCCGUGGAUACUGAAGAAUUUGGAUUAA